CAACAAAGAUCCUCUUCAAAUCCUAACUCUAUAAUCUGGAAUAUCUGGAUUCAUUUGAAUUCUGUUGCGCAUUUAGAAUUGGAUCAUUAUUUCUGAUAGCUAUUCAUUCCCUAUCAGAAGUUGAUGGCUGCAUAUUAUUAUAUUAUUCGGUGACUGUGGUUAGAAAAGUAGAUGCCUAGAGAUGGACUUCCUUCACUUUCUUCUUCUUACUUGUUGGUAUCUGUUUUAACUCAUUAUUCUAAUAAAGUUCGAGAUUUUCCUUUUAAGGGUUAUCUGUAACCUCUGUUUUAAACUCGACUCACCGUUCCACUUGGGUUCAGAAAUUCAAAUAAAUAUAGGACGGAUCAUUCUUCAUCGUGGACACCUUGCCCAUGGAUUCUCCUAGUUAGAGGCAACCAAUGUGAUGGAUAUCCUGUUCUAAGAACUUUUGCUGGGUCAUUAUUCAUUUGCAUGCGUGUAAUCAAUCAAACCGAACCAGAAUCUUAGUUGUUGCAUGACUCUGCCGCUAAUUCUUAACCAUUCAAAGACUGACAUUCUACGUGAGCAUCCUAAUCAAGACAAACCAUGUCAUUAGUUAGAUCUGCUGAGCUCGCUGCUACACCAUAUAGAAAUGCUAAACUCUUCUCGCUAAAAGGAACUGAUGCUAAGCCAGGGUUGCCCUCCCAGAGUCUUGAUUCUGAUAAGCAAAGUAUGUACAUGACAGGUUCUUGCUCCAGUGAGAGUUAUGAGAAGUACUUCCAUGAUUCACCAACAGAAGAACUGAUAGAACCAUCUAGUUCUGGUGUCUCAGCCGAUUCAUUUCGCCCGGAUGCUGCUUUUCCUUACCAGCCUAGAGCUAGUUCAGGAGUUUCUACGGCUGCUAAUAACCCAUUCGAUACUUCUUUCGUGUCCAUGAGGCAUCAUGAUGCCAAUUAUCAAUCCAAUUUUAGAUCAGAUUUCUCAGAAAACGAAAGCCUGGAUGCGCUUGACUUUAAUGGUCAAAUGAGAUUAAAACUGCAAGAAUUAGAGAGGGCCCUGCUUGAUGAUGAGGAAGACACAUUUGAGACUGCUCAAAGCAUGGAAAUUGACCCUGAGUGGGCUGAUCCCAUUCAGAAUAUGCAGCUCCAUGACUCACCAAAGGAGUCUUCAUCAUCAGAUUCUAAUCUCAGUAGCAUCAGCAGCAGCAAAGAAGUAUCACAUAUCUCUCCUCAGAAUCCCAUCAGGAAAUUGCUUCUUGAAUGUGCAGGCUUACUUUCAGAAGGAAAUUUAAAGGAGGCAUCGGGUAUGAUAAAUAAUCUGCGGCAGAUGGUCUCAAUUCAGGGAGAUCCUCCCCAAAGAAUUGCAGCCUAUAUGGUUGAAGGACUUGCAGCUCGCGUGGCUGAGUCUGGCAAGUGUAUUUACAAAGCUCUGAAAUGCAAGGAGCCUCCUUCUUCAGAUCGUCUGGCGGCAAUGCAGAUAUUGUUUGAAGUGUGCCCAUGUUUUAAAUUUGGAUUCAUUGCUGCAAAUGGUGCAAUCUCAGAGGCAGUGAAAGAUGAAACCGAGGUGCAUAUAGUAGAUUUUGACAUCAACCAAGGAAGCCAAUACAUAACUCUACUGCAAACACUUGCUUCAAGGCCAGGCAAGCCACCCUACAUGAGAUUGACUGGAGUUGAUGAUCCAGAAUCUGUACAGCGAUCUGUUGGAGGCCUAAAGAUCAUAGGACAGAGACUUGAGAAGCUAGCAGAAGCACUGGAGCUGCCAUUCGAGUUUCGAGCCGUGCCAUCGAGGACAUCCCUCGUCACCCCUUCAAUGCUCGAGUGUCUCCCUGGCGAAGCACUUGUGGUGAACUUCGCAUUUCAGCUGCACCACAUGCCGGAUGAGAGCGUUUCCACAGUGAACGAGAGAGACCAACUCCUCCGCAUGGUUAAGAGCCUAAAUCCAAAACUCGUAACAGUUGUGGAACAAGACGUGAACACUAACACCACGCCUUUCUUCCCAAGAUUCGUAGAAGCUUACAAUUAUUACUCUUCUGUUUUUGAGUCGCUUGAUGCGACUCUUCCCAGGGAGAGUCAGGACAGGAUGAAUGUUGAAAGGCAAUGCUUAGCAAGGGACAUUGUCAACAUUGUCGCAUGUGAUGGCGAGGAUCGGAUUGAAAGGUACGAAGUUGCCGGGAAAUGGAGGGCAAGGAUGGCCAUGGCCGGCUUCACUUCAUCCCCACUGAGCAGUCACGUGAAUGACUCAAUUCGGAAACUCAUCAGGCAUUAUUGUGACAGGUACAAGAUGAAGGAGGAAAUGGGUGCACUUCAUUUUGGGUGGGAAGACAAGAACUUGAUCGUAGCUUCGGCGUGGAGGUGACAAGCACGAUUCUUUCAGCCUGUCAGAAUCAUUCUAUUCUAAUACUUGUUUAGUGUUUACCUGUUUAGUCUGUUUACCAAUUACUAGUUCUGCAUGCUGAGCUCUAACAAAUAUGGCUUUGCAACAAUCUUCAAUAAAUUUUGCUUGUUGAUGUGUUGUACUUGAUUUGAAGA